CACAGAAAGGUUUGGCUUCCUCUGCUACAAUGAGGACCUUAACACCUCCUCUGCCCGGUGGAGAUCCUUGUGGUCCAGCUGGGCUAGCCCCUGGACAGGAGGCAGGGACAGGAGCAGAGAACAGCCCCAUGCCUACAGCCAGAAAUGCCCAACACACAAGGGCUACAAAGACCCUGAAUCAGCCCAUCACAUCACAGCUGUCUGAGGUCCUGUGAUCCAUGAAUUGUCAUCCAGGCUCCAGUGGGGCUGCAGGUGAAAGGAAGUCACAUGCCUCCUUCUCUUGAGCCGCCUCUUCUGUGGAACUCAGUCCUAGUCCCCAACACUUGCAGGCUGGUUCCCAGUGCUUGAGGAGACUGUGGAGCAGGAGGAGGUGCCACUUUGCCUGGAAGAAGGAAGACUGCAUCAUGAACCCACUGUCGGAAGCCAAUGGCACCUUUGCCAUCCGCCUUUUAAAGCUUCUGGGUCAGGAGGACCCAGCACGCAAUGUCUUCUUCUCUCCCGUGAGCAUCUCCUCGGCCUUGGGCAUGGUCCUGCUGGGGGCCAAGGGCAGCACGGCUGCCCAGAUAGCUGAGGUGCUGGCCUUAAAUGCUCAGAGAGACAUUCACCUUGGCUUCCAGUCACUUCUCACACAAGUGCGCAGGCCUGGUGCUCCGUUCUCCCUCAGCAUAGCCAACAGACUCUUUGGAGAAGAGAGCUGCCAGUUCCUCUCACCAUUUCAGCAGUCCUGUCAGAAUUACUACGAAGCCGAGUUGGAACAGCUGCCCUUCAUCAAAGCUCCAGAGAGGUCCAGGAAGCACAUCAAUGCUUGGGUGUCCACCAAGACAGCAGGCAAAAUUGAAGAGCUGUUGGCCCAGAAUUCAAUUGAUGAGUUCUGCAGGCUGCUUCUCAUUAAUGCUGUCUACUUCAAAGGAACGUGGAAAGAAACAUUUCUGAAGCAGAGCACAAGGACGGUGCCUUUUAAAAUGAACAAGGAGCAGAGGCCAGUGCAGAUGAUGUUCCAGAAAGACACAUUUCCUUGGGCCCACGUGAGCGAGGUCCCGGCCCAGGUGCUGGAGCUGCCCUACCAGGGCCAAGAGCUGAGCAUGGUCCUGGUGCUCCCGGAUGAAGGUGUGGACCUCAGCACGGUGGAAAAGACCCUGACUCUUGAGAAGUUCCAGACCUGGACCAGCCCGGAGCACAUGAAGAGAACUGAUGUGCAAGUUUCUCUUCCGAGAUUUAAGCUGCAAGAGGAUUAUGACAUGGUCUCUGUGCUGCAGGGUCUGGGAGUGGUGGAUGUCUUUGAUCCACACAAGGCAGACCUGUCUGGGAUGUUGGCUGACAGAAACCUGUGUGUGUCCAUGUUUGUGCACAAGAGUGUGGUGGAGGUCAACGAAGAAGGCACUGAGGCUGCUGCAGCAUCAGCUUGUAAGAUAGGAUAUUGUUGUGCAAGAUAUUGGAAGGUGUUCUGUGCUGACCACCCCUUCCUGUUCUUCAUCAGGCACAAUAAGACCAACAGCCUGCUGUUCUGUGGCAGGUUCUCCUCUCCAUGAGAGGUCCAUUCCCUGUGUAUGCAAGCAUUUCCUUCUCUGGCCCCAAAUCCUGUAAAAUACUUACCAUUUAGUUCAUUAGAAAAGCACGUGCAGCCAGAGGCCAGCUUGGCACACACCCGCACCAUCUGUCAGCACAGGGGCACCUUGGAUGUGCUCUGCUCUCUCCACUGCCAUGCCUUUGUGCCACUUGACCAAGAAAAACGGACAGCAGAGUUUCCGUUUGAGUGCACCAUUCGGAACAUAUCGCAGGGUGGGGCCCGAAAGGUGUGCUUGAUGGUCAUGAACAUCUCUUACUCUUUUGCCCGUGCUCCUUAUUGUAGUACCGCUCUGCUUCCAACACCUACACUCCUGUCACAAGCUUGAUUUAUAUGACCUUCUAAAGAGUGAGCCAUGGUGCUCAACAUUAUAAUUCCUCUAAAAGUUUUCCUGAGGCUUGGCUUGGAGUUUUAAAGAUGUGAACAUUUUAAUUUUAUUUUUAUUUGGCAUUUGCUGCUCAGCUGUCUAUGCCGAGUCCGGCGUUAGACUCAGGUCCAGAGUGGGGCUUCUUCAGCAGCUGCUCUUAUUGUCUUGCCCAACUCAUACCUUUUGUGACAACCAGGUUAUCCUAUUUAAGGCCUUCAGUCUUGCAGAGAUGACAAGUUUCUUCAGAGGACUUGAUUUCUGGAUCUCCAAAUCUAGCUCUUAAAUUCCAUUCAGCACUUUUAAUUCAUUUCCGAUGUCAGCUUCUUCAAGAAAAGUUGCUUUUUCUCCAGCAACUAAUGAGCAGUGAGGAUAAAUCUAAAAAGAGACAUCAAUCCUUGGGAUUCCUCAAUCCAGAAAAUUGAACGUUGUUUCCAUUCUCUGUCCAC